AAGGAGUCCAGGUGUCUCCAGACGGCUGCAAUGCUAUUUCGGACAUUUCACGAUGACUACUGCCAGUUGUUUCAAGGGAAAAAGUUCCCCCCAUCUAGGUUUCAAAAUCUAAUAGAAAUAUCCAAAGAAUCGAAUAGCAUUCUACUCUAUCCGUCCCCACAAUCAGUCAACAUCCAAGAAUACAUUGAAGAUUACUACAAUGACGAUCUUAGAGCUAAAAAUAGAAAUGAUAAUUUAUCUAAUUAUCAUAAUUUAUUUGUACUUGAUGGCACUUGGCAUCAUGCUAAGGGAAUUUAUUUCUGUAAUGAAUUUCUUCAUAACAUGAAACAGGUAAAACUAAAUAGCAUAGGCGUCAGCAAAUACACAAUAAGAACCCAACCAACUGACGAUGGUCUUUCAACAGUUGAAAGUGUUGCGCUGGCUGUUUCUAUAUUAGAAGAUCGGCCAGAUGUAUAUGAAGUUCUCAUGAAGCCGCUGGAAGCACUGUGCAGAUUUCAAAUGGAGCAUGGGGCUGUCGUACACCACAGCAAAGAACAUUUACUUAAAAGUGGACUUAAGUAUCCAAUAAAAAAUAAAAUUGCGAAAAAUAAUACUAAUGUUAAUAAUAAUAAUAAUAAUAAUAAUAAGGAUGGUGAUAGUAGUUGCAUGGUUAAUGGUGUUCUUGGUUUAACGAAUAAUGACAGAGAUGAUAAUGUUGAUGAUAGUUCAAAAUCUUAA